UGUUCAGUGCUCAGUCCUCAGCUUCAGUUCGCUUCGGUUUCAGUUCGCAGUCACUUUGUCAACGGGUCGCAUGCGUGUUCGGAUAAUAGUCAGAAAAGUGUAUUAUUUUUGAAAAUAAUAAGCCACAAGAAGUUCAAUUCAAAAUCAUAUAGUAAAGUGCAGUGUUUGUGAAGUGAAACAACUCAUCAAGAAAAAAAUAAAACCAUGACAUCCUACGGUUCAACAGGCUGCCUUUUGCUGGGUUUAUUUUCCCUGCUGAUGUUUUUCAAUACAGCCUCCGCCGUUCUGCGUUGCUGGCGAUGCUCCACGGAUGUCUCGAACGGGGAGUUCUGCAACGAUCCCUUCAUUCCGGACUCGAUUUCGGAGCAGCAGCGCUACUGGAGCUACGUGAACUGCACCUACUCGGUGGGUGCCAAGUCGGUCAACGCCAGGCCCGUCUGCAAGAAACUCGUUCAGGAAGUCUACGGCAAGCGGGUGAUUUCGCGUUCCUGUUUUUACGAGGACAUGGACGACUCGGCGGACAAGUGCGCCAAUGACCAGACCUCGUCCUACAUAAAGACGGUCUACUGUCGCACCUGCACCACCGACGGCUGCAACGGUGGCGGCGGUGCCACGCCCCUAGUGCUGCUCCUGCUGCUGCCAGUAGUUUUGGCCUCCCUGCGGCACUUGCCACUAUGCAAAUGAGCCAGAGGAUCCCGCUCGGACUUAAUUACGCAACUGCGAGCUGAAGUUGAAGAUGGCCCGGGAAUUUCGGUGCUUUGACCGGACUCAACUGAAUUUCUUCAUCAAGUUUUUAGUCACUUUGCCACCACCACGAAUCUGCACAAAUCACUGGCGAAGGGGAAGGCUGGAAACCCUUUGCCAUCAUCCAUGUAAAUGUUACUUGGUCACCUCACCAACGAAAAUCAGAACAGUCACUCGUAGUCAACACUCUGCAACACCCAUCAUUCAACACUCGAUCACACUUAACGCUUACUUUGUUGUAACUUGUACAUCUUUGUAAUAUCUAUAUUAUUGUAUUUGUAAUUGAGAGGGCGGAGCCUUUGGCUGCUGCUCUUGAGUAAAUAAAUAAAUCGUAAUUAGAUGGUA